GUGUGUUUAUCUCACGUUUUUUGUUUUUGCAACUGAUAACGCGACGCAAUUAGGCUGCAGAUCUGUGAAAAUCUGUUUAAAAACACUGCUAAACGAAUGGAAAACAGCUUAUGAUGAGUGGCAACAUACACGGGCUCAGCUGGUUUCCCAACUUUCCCGACAAAUUCGUCUCGUGGGGCCAGGAAAUCAAUUUGUAUGAGGUGCGCAGCAAGGAUGAUGCCCCACAGAAAAGUCGCCUGCCUUAUAUCUCGGUUAAUUAUCUGGCCAACGAGUCGCGGUAUCAGUAUGCGCGAUGUGUGGCCGCCUCCUACCACAGCCAUCAGCCCAUCAUAGCCGUGGGCCUGGCAGAUGGCAAAAUUGGCAUAUGCAACUUUCGAGACACAUACGACAGCAGCUGGGAGUACACGCCGCGUCAGCAGCGUAUGUGCACUUGCCUCGCGUGGAAUGAGUUGGAUGCCAACAUUUUGGCCAUUGGCCACGAUCGCCAUCGCUCGGACUCCUGCAUAACCAUUUGGGACACGGAACGGGGUGUGCCCAAGGAGACGGCCAACUUUUUUGGCCAGGCCGAGUCUGCGAAUUCGCUUUGCUGGGAUCGCAAUCAUCGCAUGCUAAUAGCAGGCAUGAGCCAGAAGAUGAUCAAGCUGUUUGAUCUGAGACAGAACAAUGCCACCUGCCAGAGCAUACAAACAAAGACUGUCCAGGGUCUGUCGGUGGCGCCCAAUGGCAAUGAUCUGUGCAGCUAUGUGGACUCCAUCAUUAUGCUGUGGGAUGUGCGCUCCAUUAAGCAGCCACUGCGGCAGAUACAAUCCUCCAGAAAUCAUCUGCAGAUUGCCUGGUGUCCCACCAGAAACAGCCUGCUAUCGUCGCUGCAGCGUGACUCCUCCUACAUUACGCUCUACGACAUUCGCACCGUGGAGAACGAGAACUCCCGGGAGAUUUAUCAUGUGAAGCGACAGAUAAGUCCGUUUCCGGCCAAAUAUCAUCACAGUGGCAAGUUUGCGUCCGUCAAUUGUCUGUCCUGGCAUUCGCGUGACUUUGAGCGCGCUCUGCUGCUGGCGGAUGCUGUGAAUAUUUUGGAUUUCCGACUGCCUGCCACGCUGCACACGGCGCAUAGCAAUCGGAGGAAGUUACCGCUGCUCAUGCAGCGUCAGCUGUACGCGCCCGCUUCGCCCACAUCCACGACAGCUACGCCCACACAGCAGCCGACGAGCAGCUGCAGUCUGAACAGUGCUGGCAGUUCGCUGGAUUACAGUGGACCCGGCUCACAUUCCGCCUUGAAUGUGGAUUUUCUGGUGCCGGAACUCUUUGAGCUCGAUCUGGUGGAUGAGACGCGGCAGCGUGCGCUCGAGGAUUAUGGCAUCAAGCCGGAUAACAAGCGAUUUGCAGAGCUGCAUCUCACUCCGUAUCUACGGAAUGUUUGGGCAACGCUCAACAAUGUCUACUGCGAUGAUCAGUUGUCCGGUUUGAAGUCCGCUUUGGGCAUCAAUUUGGGCCACACAUCGGAGGCAUUGAUGGCCAGCUCACGCAUCGAAUCUCAGCAGCUGCAGUGGCCAGAUGGCAUCAAUAAUUCCAACAAACUUUUGUGCUACAAAAGCGAACAGCGUGACCAUGCCCUGCAGCUGUGUGGCUGGACAUUUGAGCAUGAAUUGGAGCGCUUUAUCGAUCAGUUGUAUGCCAGCAAGGAGUACAGCCGUGCGGCCAUGAUCUGUGUGUUCCAUUUGAAGAUUAUGCAUGCCUGCAAUAUACUGUCCUCGGCGGCGGAUAACAUGCGGGAUCCCAGCAUGUACAGGAUCACGGUGAUUGCGCUGUCCAGCUUCAAUGCGGAUCGCUGUAGCUCAACGUCGCGUAAUCAACGCUCCAGUGCGAAUAUGCAGAUCCAGGAUCCACAUCUUAGAGCCAUUUUCUCAUUUCUCACCAUGGAGAAGGAUAACUUUGAGGCUGUGCUGAAGGAGGACGGCGUAUCGCUGUCCGAUCGCAUGGCAUUUGCCUGUAAAUAUCUGUCGGAGACGAAGCUGACGGACUAUGUAAAGCAACAGAUACAAGCGGCCAUCGAGUGUGGCGAUCUCAAUGGACUGCUGCUCACCGGCGAAUCGCUCGAUGGCAUAAGCAUACUGCAGUCGUAUAUGGAUACCAGUUUUGAUGUGCAAACUGUGGCCCUGGUGGCCAUCAAUUACUUCCGGCAGGAGCAUUUCACGGACAAGCGCAUACAGUACUGGAUCGCCAGCUAUUUGGACUACCUCAACAGCUGGGGCCUGUGGGAGAAGCGUGCCGAAUUGGACAUCAAAAUCGAGGGCAUACGCUCGUCGGCGCGCAGCUCGCGUACCGUCUAUUUGUCGUGCAAUUUCUGUGGCAAAGCCGUCUCCAAUGCCCUGCUGGAUGAGCCACGGCCACGCAGCACCACGACCAGCACAAAUCGACUGUCGUCCUGUCCCAGCUGCCGCAAGCCACUGCCACGCUGCUCGCUUUGUCUGAUGCAUAUGGGUACGAUGAUUAAUAUGAGUAACGGCGAGACGCCCAGCACCACGCCCGAGGUGCAGGGCUGGCAAACGAAGCCAUUUUCCAAGUGGUUCUCCUGGUGUCAGACAUGUCGACAUGGCGGACACACCGAGCACAUUAUGCAGUGGUUCAAACAAAAUUCGGAAUGUCCUGUCUCUUCGUGCAAUUGUCGCUGCUUUGAUAUGGAUGGCAGCAAGCCAAAUACGUUAAGAGACAUUUCCUAGCUGUCCAGGUGUGUGGGCAGAUGCUACGGCCACAGCCAACCCACUAGACACGCCAGCCCAUGCCAUAAUGCCUUAAGUUGUUGAUUUUUCUUCCAAAAUGUGUGUGUGCGCACGCGCUCGCCUUGCAACUCAGAAAGUGUUCAUUGUACUUAGACAUAAACGGGUAAAUGUGUGCCCGUAGAGUUAGUGAUUAUGACCUAACAGCUUUUAGCUGCUCAAAUGCAUUUUAUACUUACAUUUCAAAUAAAUGACAAUAUAGGGAA